GUCAAGUGAAGUUGGUCCGUUGGACUUCUCCAUAACUUCAUUGUCAUUAACGCCGUGAUGGGCACUUUCAUGGCUUGCAACUGUUCCUGCCGAUACCAUCGGUUUCAAUCAGGGCAUUUUGGAUUGCUGAGCAAUCAGCACUUUCGUCAGUGUACUUAAAGCUCUGCAGAAUGCCCAGGUCGAGUCCAGCCAAAGUACUUGGUUCCCUUCCACUGGAAAAUGGCAGCCAAAGCGCAUCACAUCGACCCGCUCUCUCUCCCUUUCCACCCAAUCCCGGCUUCGACCUCCCCAGGCGCGGUUGUCAACCUCACUGUAUUGAACUGCGGGGAGAUCACCACGCGAUGGGUACAUUUCCGCCAGCGCGAGACCGCUGAAGAGAUGCGCGAACGGGAGACUGGCGUGGUGUUUGCGUGGGUGAUCGAGAAGCAGUUUGAUGAUGGCAAGGUCGAGCGUUGGCUCUGGGAUGCAGGAGUCGUCAGUCAUCCGAACGAUCUCGGGCCAACCCUGGCGGCGAGUUUCGGCCCUCGGUUCAUCUUCGACGUGCCUCCCUCUGCCCGGCUCCCAGGGCUGUUGGAACAUCUGUCCCCUCCCCCUGCAACCCUCUCCACACUUACCGGGUUGCUCAUCUCCCACUCUCAUAUGGACCACUAUGGGCGGCUGUCCGACUUUCCUGCCUCCCUCCCUGUCAUCUUCGGGCCAGGGACGAAAGCCUGGGUAGAGGCGGGGGUCGAGCAGGGACGUCCGAUCCCGAAGACCUUCUGGGAACACCCGGAUUGGAUUGGAGAGGUUGGGGAAGAAGGUGCGAAAGGGAGAGGCAAGGGAUGGGAGAAGGUGGGGAGCUACGAAUACGCGUGGGACUGGUUCGGCGAUGGCAGUUUGUGGCUUGCCCAAGCGCCUGGUCAUUGUCCCGGACACAUGGUCGCAUUGGGCCGGGUCUCCACCUCCCCGGACACGUACGUCCUUCUAGGUGGCGACACCUGCCACUCGCGUCCUAUUUACAGUCCGUUCCCCUCUCCCUCAGCACGCUGGCCCUGUGCCUGCUGGGCCGACCCAUCCGAAGGCCCGGAUGCCAAACCCUCGCAUACGAUGCACCUGGACCUCCCGCUUACGUACGAGAGCAUCGCCCGCUUGACGCGGAUGGAGAUGGAGGAGAACGUGAUGUGUGUGUUAGCGCAUGAGACGGAGGUUGCGAGGGAGCUCGGGAUUGGUAUUGGGCAGAUGAAAGGCGGCUGGGAGGCGUGGAAAGAGCUGGGUUGGAAGAGGAAGGAGAGUGGAGAACCGCCGAAGAAAGGCGUUAUUUAA